CCAAUUCGACUUGUCAUUCCUCAAUCCAACGUCUCGAACACACUUGGUUCACCGCACAGCAAUUAUCUAUUAAAUACCCAGGCGUCAACCAUUUCGACGUCUCCCACCGUUAGCGCUUUCAAAUCGCACCGCGACAUGGUGCCGGACAAGGUCAAGCCCGACACCAACAUGACAAGACUUGCAGAGCGACGCACGGCUUGGACGUUCAUCCGGGCGCUGCUGUGGAAAAACUGGUUGAUCAAGCGACGUCAUCCCGUGGUCACUGCGUGCGAGAUCCUGGUACCCGUGCUGUUCAUCGUCCUGCUGGGCGUACUCAAGAGUACGACAACGACUGUGGAUGUGCCGUCCGGAUGGAGUGACACGACCGCGUCCACGGGCGAUGCAGCCAUCGGUACCAGUUACAACCUGUUCCAACCGACCGGGCAGACCAUCGAGUGGGUGAGUGCCGAUCUGCCAAAGUUCGCGUUGCACGAGUCGUCCAUGACCGGACUUAUCCUCAAGCUCGGCGUGCAGUCCGUGGACGACGCAAUCCGUCUCGAGGAGCUAUCGACAGCAGACCAAGCGACGUGUUCAAGUGGUGUCAUUGCCAAUGGCCUGGUUGAGACAAACAUGUCGUCGCCCUACCGUGUGCCGACCGAGUGUGCCGACAAGGUGUCGCCGUACAAGAUCGGCAUUGCACCGGACAACGCGUUCACGCGUAACUACUUCGCAGCAGUCAUGGACUUAUGGUAUCCGCGCUUGGACUUGAUAAACUCAACGUUGACCGUUCCGUCGUUCAGCGAGAGUGUCAUGUUUUUUGACACGAACGACGCACUGACGGACUACGUUAAGAGUGACGACUACGGCAAAGGCAUCGAGAAUCCACGUAUCUACGCCGGCAUUGUGUUCGACUCGGUUCCGCUUGGCGACGACAUUGGAUCGUUCGCGUCUAUCGAGUACUCGCUGCGGUUAAACUCAACGCUUGGUGACUCUGUCGGCCGUGUGCCGGGAACGAGUGGUUCCGUAUUAGACACGGACCCGUUCCAGACGAAAAUCGACACCGACUACUACUCGCGCUACACAGUGACAGGAUUUAUGACACUGCAGACGCUUGUCACCCGCUUUGUGUCGUGCAUGCCUGAGUGGAACUCAGCCAAUCAAUCGACUACUGGAGAAUGCCAGCGAUCCCAGACGACGGCACUCGCUUCGACCGGUCUGGACGACACUCUGCUAGAUACACUGAACGACGACGCGUUGAUCCAGGAAGUCUUUAACACUGGCUUCGUGGCUGGAGAAUCAUCCGUCUCCAACAUCUUGAUCAGCUUGUCCGACACCACAAGAGAGCAGCUUCUAACGCCUCUACGUCAAGCCCCGCAGUCGUACUUGGGCUCCACGGUGGCCCCGUUCCCCGUCGACAGCUUCGCGAGUUCGUCAUUCUACGACACCGUCUCUAAUGUGUUCUCCGUAAUCUUCGUGCUGGCGUAUCUGUUCACGAUCUCGCGAAUUCUAGUCGUGUUUAUCCAGGAGAAGGAACUUCGGCUGCGUGAGUUCAUGAAGAUUCUCGGAGUGACGGAGAAGACGAUCACUAUCACCUGGUACAUUACGUACACCUUCGUGCUCUUCAUCGGCGCCGUCGUCCAAGCCCUUGCCGGUCUUGCUGGACUGUUCGCGAACAGCUCCGUGAUCCUGACAUUCCUGUUCUUCUUCCUCUUUGGUAUGACUGUGCUAUCACUUGCGUAUCUCGUUAGCACGCUCUUCAACAAGGCGCGCAUCGGAUCCUUCGUCGGUAUGUUGGUCUUCUUCUUCAUGCAUGUAAUCUCUCAAGGUUUUUCGGACGGAACGUCUGAAUCGACCAAGAUGAUCGGCUGUAUCUUCUCGCCGGUGGGUCUUGCUCAAGGUGUUACAGUGCUCGCCGAUGCCGAAACAACCGGUGCAGGCGUCACGUUCUCGAACGUGAGUGAACUAAGCCACAACUUCCGCUUCAGUACGGCGCUCUACAUGUUUGCUUUCGACACGGUCCUCUACACGCUCAUCGGUCUGUACUUCGACAAGGUGAUGCCGAAGGAGUAUGGUACAUCGCUCAAGUGGUAUUUCCCCGUGUCACCGUCGUACUGGAGAGGCCGUCGCCAGCGCGCUACUGCUACCACCACACAGGGACCUCUGCUCGAGAACGUCUCGUUGAACAUGAAUCCAAACAUCGAACCGGUGAACGCUGAGCUUCGAGAGCAAGAGAACAAUGGAGAGGCUCUGACUGUGCAGAGGUUGAAGAAGGUUUUCCAAGUACCGGGUGGUGAGAAGGUGGCCGUAAAGGGACUGGACUUGACGAUGUACAAGGACCAGAUCACCUGUCUGCUGGGCCACAACGGUGCCGGUAAGACCACUUUGAUUUCCAUGCUCACGGGUAUGGCUGCUCCGUCCAGUGGUAACGCCACAUACCGCGGCUUGUCGAUCACCGAGGAUAUGGAUGAACUGCGUCAGUCACUCGGUAUCUGUUUCCAACACGAUGUCCUGUUCCCCGACCUGUCUGUCGAAGAGCAUCUACUAUUCUUCGGACAGAUCAAGGGUUAUGCUAACGAAGAGCUGCACGCUGUCGCCGAGAAGCAGAUCCGUGAGGUUGGCUUGACCGAGAAGCGCAACUCAAGACCCAACGAUCUGUCGGGUGGUAUGAAGCGUAAGCUGUCGGUGGCUGUUUCACUGCUGGGUGACAGCUCGCUGGUGUUCCUCGAUGAACCAACUUCCGGUAUGGACCCCUACAGUCGUCGCAGCACGUGGGAGAUUCUAUUGAACAACCGCAACAACCGAGUGAUGGUAUUGACGACGCACUUUAUGGAUGAAGCCGACAUCUUGGGUGAUCGGAUUGCUAUCAUGGCUGAAGGUGAGCUACGUUGCUGCGGUUCAUCGUUGUUCCUAAAGAACCGCUUCGGUGCGGGUUACAACUUGACGCUAGUGAAAGACGACGCCAAGUGUGAUGACAAGGCUGUGUCUGCGUUUGUCACUUCAUUCGUCCCGUCCGCACAACUGCUCAGCAACGUCGGCAGCGAGAUCGCGUUCCAGCUGCCUCUGCACAGCUCGUCAAAGUUUGCCACUAUGUUUGCUGAGAUGGAUCGACAGUUGCAGACACUGGGUCUAUUGUCGUAUGGUGUAUCGGUGACUACGCUAGAAGAAGUGUUCAUCAAGGUGGCCGAGUUGGGUGAUGAGAACAACCAGCACACGCUAGGCAACCAUGCGCGGACCAACCACUCCGAGUCCAGCGACUACCAGCCAUGCGAUGAGAUCAUCACGUCCACUCCGAUGUUCAGCACUCACCUGCGCGCACUGCUGCUCAAGCGCUUCCGGUACGCCAAGCGCGACAAGAAGACGAUCAUCUACAGCGCUUUACUGCCAGUUUUGUUGAUUGGUGCUGGUCUGGGUAUUCUCAAAGGAAGCGCACUUGCCUCGGACAAUCCGUCCAUGGCAUUGUCGACGGACGCAUACUCCGGGAACGAGACGCCAACGCCGUAUUUCUGCCAAGCCGGUUCCGGUACAGGAGAUUGGUGCAGUGAGAUGAUGACUUCGGCCUACUUCUCGGGAGCUGACGCACAAACUCUCUCUGUCUCGCAACCAGCAUUCGACUCGGACUCGCCCACCGUGUUUGACGUGACCUACACGAACCCGACGAUCAAUGCUAGCGGCGCCACCGGAUACAGUGUGGCGAUGGGUCAGGAGCUGUACUAUCGUGGGUAUGGCCACGGCGCUGAUCUUGUCGAGGGGCAAUAUGGUGCCUACCUUGUAUACGGCGACGGCGACCAAAACAUGCUCGGCUACAAUGUCUUCACAAACACGAGCGCGCCUCAUUCGUCCGCAGUCUUCAAGGCGUUGAUGGACCAAGCAGUGUAUCGCUUCUUCGCAGCCAACGGCUCGAGUGAUUCGGCCUCACCUGUGAAUCUCAAGGUGAAUAACUACCCUCUUCCGGUUACAGCCGCCACGAAGGCGUUCUCUGCAUCGGGAAUCGCGUUUGUGGCGUGUAUGUUCAUCUGCAUCGCGUUCACGUUCCUGCCAGCGUCCAUCGUGGUGUUCUUGGUCAAGGAGAAGCAAACGGAGCACAACUCCAAGCACCAGCAGCUCGUCUCGGGCGUGUCGUUGCCUGCUUUCUGGGUGUCCAACUACAUCUGGGAUCUGGCCAUGUACGUCGUCCCUUGCGUGUGCGCGCUCGCCUUGAUCUACGGCUUCAACGUGUCUUCCAUGACCGGCCAGGACUGCAAUAGCUGCACAUCCGCGACAUUCCCGGCUGUAAUUCUCCUGUUCAUUCUCUUCGGGCUCGCCAUCUGUCCGUUCACGUACUGCUUGUCGUUCCUGUUCAAGGAGCACGCGGCUGCCCAAACGUACACGAUCAUGAUCAACUUCGCUAUCGGCGUAGUGCUGAUGAUCGUGUCGUUCAUUAUGAGCGUGAUCGGCUCGACGUCUGACGCUGAUUCGGUGCUUGUCUUCAUCUGGCGUCUCUCUCCACUCUUCAAUCUGGGCACGGGUUUGCUGAACCUGGUUUUGAACGACAUCACGUACAUUCGCUUCACCAAGGACGAGAAGACCAGUCCUUUCAGUGGCGACAUCAUGGGCUUCGAGUUGGCCUAUUUGUUGGUGACGGCGAUCAUUUACAUGGUCCUGGCGGUGUAUCUCGACUACUCGCAAACUUUCCCCAAGGUAAAGAGCGAUAACACCGACAUUGGUGACCGCGACGUCGCUAUCGAUGAGGACGUCAAGAAGGAAGCUGAUCGUGUGGCUAGCGGUGGUGCCGACGGAGAUGCCGUGAAGCUUUCGGGGCUGCGUAAAGUGUACCCCGGCGGCAAAGUGGCAGUUCGUGAUCUCUCGUUCGGCUUGAAGCGUGGCGAAUGCUUUGGCUUCUUGGGUAUCAACGGCGCCGGUAAGAGUACGACCAUGAAGAUGCUGACAGGCGAUGUCCCUCCGAGCUGCGGUACGGCCACACUUGGCGGCUUUAAUAUCCUCACGGAACAGAUCGAAGUGCGUCGACAGAUCGGUUAUUGUCCGCAGUUCGACGCCUUAUUCGACUUGCUUACUGUGCGCGAGCAUCUGGAGCUCUUCGGAGCCAUCAAGGGCGUUCCUCAGUCUUCACUCGAUCGUGUCGUCAUGGAGAAGAUUCAGCAGUUGAAUCUUGGCGACUUCGAGCACAAGUUGGCUGGAAGUCUCAGUGGUGGCAACAAGCGCAAACUGUCGGUGGCUAUCGCGAUGAUUGGCAGUCCAGCUAUCAUCUUCCUGGACGAACCGUCCACCGGCAUGGACCCCGUGUCUCGUCGAUUCAUGUGGGACGUUAUCGCCGAUAUCUCUACCCGUGGCAAGGCGUCAACGAUCGUUCUGACGACACACAGCAUGGAGGAGUGCGAGGCUCUGUGCUCGCGUGUUGGUAUCAUGGUUGGCGGUCGUCUUCGCUGCUACGGAAGUGUCCAGCACUUGAAGUCUCGCUUCGGGGACGGCCUGAUGUUUGAUGUGAAGCUUGACACCCCAACGACCGAGGAGCUCGAGUAUCUGCUUCAGCAUGUAUUCGGUGACGGCAGCACGUACGUGAUGCAGAUGGAGCUUGAAAGCAAGUGUCGGGCGUUCGGUAACGUCGAGCUUGAGGAACGGAUCACACCUUCGCACCCUACGGGUUACAGCCUCGCUGCUGCGAUGGAGCGAGAUGGAUUCAUCCGCGCCGAGGCCUUCUGCUCGUGGUGUGUCGAAGAAACCCGCUUCGACACUUUGAACGACUACCUCGUCAACGCGUUUGGCUCGGAUGGAGUACUGGUGAUGGAGCGCCAGAACGAUUUCUGCCGCUUCAAGGUCCGCGGAUCGGACAACAGGGUGAAGCUGUCGAAGAUGUUUGCGCUGGUAGAGAACGUCAAGAGCGACAUGCACAUCCGCGAGUACAGCGUCUCACAGACAACACUGGAGCAAAUCUUCAACUCGUUCGCCAGUCAGCAAGAAGAGGAGAAGGGUGUCGCUCGUGGAGUCUUCCAGGCGUAAAGGUGUAGCUCUACACGAAAACAUAAUUGAUAAUACACAAGUAUGAAUAACACCGCUGAUUUAUGAUGAAAUAAGCAGCUUACUUCGCCUU